UAAAACUUAUAUAAUUCAGCUUUAACCGUUUAACAGCGUGUACGUUCUGACUGUGAGCUACGAACGCGUAUUUAUGUAUAAACGUGCAGCCUCGUAGCUCUGGAGGAGCUCGAUCUUCCUGUUUUGACUGAUUAAUCAGUGUAAUACAGCUAUGACAUUGACUUAAAGGGGAAUUCCACCCAUAUUUCAAAACGUAGGCAUAACGCAAAGAUUAAGAUAUCGCCACCCCUGGUUCCCAUCACCACCACUGUAAAGAAAUCUGAGUCAAGAAUCCACCAGCUAGAGAAAGCGAUGGCGUCUGGUUUCCUGAAAUUCUCGGUGCUGGUGCAGAAGUAUCGGACCCCUCUCCUCCUCACUGGCUGCGGCGGCGUCUUUGCUGCCAACAUUUUCUACCACGUCUUUCCUGAAAACACUUACAGGAAACUGUACCAGGCCUGGAGCAAAGGAGAGCCGGCCGUGCUGUCAGACAAACUGGAGGAUGUGUUUCAGCAGGUGCUGAAGGACUCGUCUGUGGGCUCCCCCAGCAAAUACAGCGCUUUCGCCGCCUACGGCUUCCAUCCUGUCGGGGCGGGGGUCCCGUGGCUCCCCUUGGGCGCACAGAUCGGCAUCCCCGCCAACUUCAACAGCACUGCAGACGACCCAUCGGGAAUCACUAACCGAACCAUCCUCAUCAACGGCAAAGAGGUGGAGUGGGACAGCGAGGUGGGCACGGCUCUGAAAGACGCCCUGCUGUUGUCCCGGGAUGCUCAGAAGUUCGCCGUGGCGCGCGAGGUGACUCGGCUGGACGGUGGUGGGCCGCUGCUUCAGGCUGCUGUUGCUCCAGCCUGUCUGGCUGGGGCCUGUAUCUACAGCGUGGCUCUCAAACAGAUCUUUGGGCUCCUCGCUGGUUCCCUCAUCCUCAGAGCUGGAGUUAAUGUGGUUGCUGUGAGUCUGGGAGCUGUGUCAUACUUUUUAGCCUCCGAUGCCGUCAGCCAGUGGCUGGAGUAUCACUCGGACAAGCGGGCUGCCAGCCUGUCCCGUGAUUACGCUAAAGGUGGAGUGGAGUUCUAUGAGAAGAUCCUGUCCAGGAACAAAAUCCUGCGAGUUCUGAUGGGUCCUAAAGGGGAGGAGAUGUACGCGCCCAGCGGAAAUCUGUUCCCGGCCAAUGUGCUGAGUCUCAAACACGCACCGUACACGUCAAGACGAGACGGAAUUCUGAGUUUGCUGAAGGAGGAGAAAGCAUGAAGGACGUGUUUGGUGUCGGACUUAAAUGACUUACCUAAAGGACUGUGAUUUAGGUUCGUUUUGAGUGUUUGCAGUAUUUAAGCACUUCCAUUUGUCAGUUACCAUGGACAGUCAAAACCAAUUGACACCCAGCACUGUUAUAGACCAGUGUAGUCAUGCGCCAUCCAGUAGUCUGUGUUAUGCCCAUAUUUGGAGCUCCGGACCUAAGCUUGAAUUUUCUAUGGCAAAAAUGAAUGGGAUUUUCAAAAAUGACUUCUGUCAUGCCCUGUUAUAAAUAAAAAUGUUCAGACCCCAAUACGUUUUGUCCUGGGUAUAUCUCAUAUUUAUAGGUAGCUCUGUACAUAAAAACUCAGUAAGAUAUUUUGAUAGCUUAAAUGAUAAUUAAAUGAAAAAAUACUACCAGCAUUAAAACUACGAAGCCAGCUUCUUCUUAGAAUUUUCCUGUGCCACCUUAAAUAGUGCAGCGGUUAUUUUAAAUGCAGCAGGUGCCAGAAUGUAACUGCAGCAAUAUUUAAGGUGGAACAGGAAAAUUUGUGGUGAAUGUCCUUAUUAGAAAAUGUUACCAGCAUUAAAAUAAUAAUCAGAAUAUUCUGAUACGCUAAAUCAACUUAUCAGGGGGUAAGUAGUAGUAUUAAUAUAAAUAAAGUCUUUUCUGAUUUAACAUUAAAAACACAAUAAAACAUUACAGUGUACUAAAGAUGUGCGCCUGCUCAUUCGCGGUCGUAUCACUUUGUGGGUUGUCAGCCUUUUUCAAGGAUGACCAGAAGAGCAUUAGAAGAGGUGAAAACUACUUUGAGUCUGGACUUGUUGAGCAGUGUAGCCUGAGAACAAGUCUGCCUGUACGGCUCCCACACUGACAAAGUAUGCAGGUUUAGGUGGUUUUCAAGGAGGCUACCAGUCUCAUGGCGUCAAUUCAGUGUGUAGUAGCGUUAGCUUACAUAUAGCAAUAUUCAUAUUUCGACUCUUUAACUGCCUCGUAGUCCAGAGGAUCCAGUGAUAUUGCAGAGAAAAAUGUUCAUAGGACAAAAUGUAUCAGCUUUGGAGCAUUUUUGAUUAUCACAGGAUGCAACAGGGGUCAUUUUUGAAAACACAAUUCAUUCAUCUCAUAGAGAAAUUCCUUUAAGACCUGCAGCUCCUUAUGAGGAUGUAAGAGCAUGGCACCGACUCUAGAAUGACGACACGACUUCAGUGGUCUACAGCAGAAGCCACUGGGCAGUUACUGAAGUCCAUGAAUAAAUAUCCCUAAUGCAUGAUAGUGCAACACCAAUUUUUACUGACAGAAUUCAGCAACUGGCCAAUGGCUUCUGAUAUUAGAUUUUCUAAGUUUAAGGAAACACGUCAAGAUUAUCGUUAACAGUAACUGACAAUAUGCCACAGGUAUGGCAGAUAGAGAUUAGGUUGAAAAAGUAUUCCUUUAAUGUUCAUGUGGAUGCUGCAACAACAAUAAAUGCAAAUUAAAGGGGAAUUUCACAGAUUUUUCAAACUUUAUGCAUAAUACAUCAUUAAGAUGUAAACUCAGAGUGGUUUGAUGUGCAAUGCUCCAUUCUAGAGAAACUUACAGAGUCAGAAUUGUUCACAGUUCCCAAAGAAAACGUAUUUUUUCAGAUUUACUACUAUUUUACCAUCGUCGGCAUUGCAUAAAAAGCUCGGAAGACACAAAGGUUCGCUGGUGGUUUUGGAUGGUAAAUAAAAUGGCUAUAUUUGUGUUGUAGACAUGGCAACGCCUGGUUCCUAUCACCACCACUGUAAAGAAAUCUGAGUCUCUACGUUUUUCUGCAACAAACAAUUUCACAUCGGAUUACUUUAAAGGACUUAGUUUACAGCUCAGCUACUGAAUAAUGUUGAUAUUUUGAAAAAUCAGUGGAAUUCCCAUUUUAGACACAAGGACUGGAAUGUUCCGGAAGGUCAGAAUAUACUGGAAACAAAUCAAAUGUUGUGAAUAAAUUUUUGAACUAAAAAUUCUCUCCAUAGAUUUCUUUAUAAAUC